AUGUCUACCACGCAUACGAUUCCUAAGAGGCCGCUUACAUGGCUCAUCACAGGCUGCUCGUCGGGCUUCGGUCUCAGUCUCACCCGCAUCGCGCAGGCGCACGGGCACACCGUGAUCGCGACAUCCCGGAACCCGUCGCGCACGCCGGAUCUCGUCCAGGAAGUCGAGAACAAAGGCGGGAAAUGGCUGCAGCUGGAUGUCGAUGACCCCAGCCGCGGCGCGCAGGUGAUUGAGGAUCUCGAGGCGUCCGGCCAGCCCAUCGACGUCCUGGUCAACAAUGCCGGGUACUCCAUCUACACGGCCGGGGAGUGCUUCACGGAAGAGGAAGUCCGCCAGCAGAUGGAGACGCUGUAUUUCGGCCCAUUCCGGUUGAUCCGAGCCGCAGUGCCGCAUAUGCGCAAGCGACGGUUCGGCGUCGUGGUGAAUUUCAGCAGUGGCGCCGCUCUCGAAGGGAGGGAUAGUAUGGGAGCUUAUGCUGCAUCCAAGGCUGCGUUGGAUGGCUUGUCCAAGGUUCUGGCAAAGGAAGUCGCCCCGUUCAAUGUCCGUAUCUUGACCGUCGCCCUGGGCACCUUCAACACCAACAUGGGCAAUGCGACCAUCAUCGGCAAGAAUCCUCUGCCAGAAGACUACCGAGGCUCGGUGGCGCAGCAGAUGAUGGACUACAUGUCCAGUGGGAAGUUUGAAGGCAACGGGGAUAAGGAUAAGGCCAUGAAGGCCGUCUACGAGGUGGUGACGGGGGAAGGGGUCGGAGCGGGACACCUCGAUGAGAGGCUCUUGCCCCUGGGUCGGGACCUGGAUGCGAGGAUCAAGCAGGUGCAGGCUUAUCUGGCCCAUAGCUUGGAGGUCUUUGGAGAAGUCUGCAAUAACGUCCAUAGAGAGAAGUGA